UGCUCUCUUCAUUCGCAUCUGCUCUAUCCUGCGCUCCACCCCUCCAUUCCUUCCUUGAAAUGUCGUCCAUGCGCUCCCUUACCUUUUUAGCCCUUUGUGCGCUCGCGAAGAGCGCGUAUGGCGCACCUUCGAACGUCAGCAGCACAGACCGCGCCACUUACAGCGUCUACAAGAAUUUAUCCGGCCAGGCAUUCCUCGACUUCUUCCAUUACGAAGUACACCCUGCCGACAACCAAGGUGUUGCCAACUACGUCGACGGCCCCUCGAACGGCCUCACGUACGUCGACGGCAACGGCAAGGUUGUCGUAGCCGUCGAGACGACCAACAAUGUGAACGGUCUGCGCAAGGCCGUGCGCAUGGUCUCCAACGAGACCUUCAACCCAUCUCAGAACCUGCUCUUCAUCUUCGACGUGCAGCAGAUGCCCGCCGCGUGCGGCACGUGGCCCGCGCUGUGGUUCACAGGCUCCAACUGGCCGUACGACGGGGAGAUGGACGUGAUCGAGGGCGUGAACAAGUACGUGCAGAACGUGAUGAGCGUGCACACGGGCCCGGGGUGCUACUGGCCGGACUACACGAUGGGCGCGCUCACGGACCUGACGGCGAACGAGCCGCAGGUGCACAGCUGCGACGCGACAGCGGACUACCAGUCGUGCGGGGGCACGCAGAAGAGCAAGACGAGCUUCGGGGAGGCGUUCAACAAUGCGGGCGGCGGGGUGUUCACGCUGGAGUUCUUGCAGACGGGGAUUGUGAUGCACUUUUGGAAUCGGAACGAGAUUCCGCAGGACAUCACUAACGGCAACCCGACGCCUUACACCUGGGGCAAAGAGACUUACUGGAUCCCCCAAGACCAGUGCAACAUUAGCGACCACUUCAAGAACCAGAUGCUCGUCAUAAACACCAACCUUGGUGGCUUCUUCCCAGAAGGCGUCUGGAACACAGACUACGCGGGCGGGCAGACCCAAUCCUGCAAGAAGCAGACCGGCGCGAACACGGCUAAGGACUACGUACUAAACAACGGUUGGGCCUUUGCGGAUGCUGGCAAAUGGGUCUUCAACAGCAUCAAGAUCUAUCACUAGGCUCAUCUGCUUUGAGGUUAUCGCGCGAUGAUUGUGCUUAUACCCAUUGCGCUGGAGUACGUCGUUCGUUUGGAGGUGCUUCUGGCUAUACCCUUCCUUUGUAUCAUUUAUCGGGGUCUUAGGCUAACGGGUGAUAUCUAUAGUGUCGGGCUACGUACUCAAUAGAGUGAUUGCUGCAAGCUACGCGCUAGAUCGAGUGACAGAGGUUACUAAG